AUGUCUUCAGUUUUCUUCCAGCCAAAAUUCUUAUUUCCUUUUCUUUUCCUGAAAUUUAUAUUACUCAAAACAAACUCACAGAAGAAGAAAUCAGCUCAGCUGAAUUUCACUUCAAUUUCUUUAGGACGCCAUACAGCCGCCGUUGUGGUGCUGGGCGAUAUUGGCCGAAGUCCUCGUAUGUGCUACCAUGCAUACUCUUUAGCAACUCAGCUUGAUUACAAUGUAAAGCUUGUUGGUUAUGUGGACUCAACACCUCAUCCAAUGGUCCACAACAAUCCUUACAUCAAAUAUAUCCCUCUUGCGCCACCACCUGAUCAUCUUGCCAAACUUCCAGAAAUGAUACAACUCCCGCUGAAAUUUAUAUGGACCUUCUUUGUUUUGUUGUGGGCGUUGAUGUUCAAGAUUGGCUGGGAUGUGAAACUCAUAUUAAUGCAAAAUCCACCAGCUCUGCCAACUAUGAUUGUUUGCUGGAUUGUCGCACGAUUGAAGAGUUCAAAAUUUGUAAUAGAUUGGCACAACUAUAUGUGGUCAGUAAUAAAAGACAAAAGCGGUGUAGAACAUCUAACUCUUCCUCGACUCGUGGAAGAAGGCUCAGAAGGGAAAGAUCUCAUUAAGGAUAGCGUUGUGAAGAGAAAGAAUACCAGAGAAGAAAGAGAUGCAGCAGCAAUGGCGACUAGACGAAAAAGGCAUACUAGUGGAGAGAAGAAGGAGCGCAAAUCUUUCAAGAGAAGGUAUAUAGAAUGGGUUUACCGCUGGGAAGGAGCUUUAGGCAGAAGAGCUGACGCUGGACUUUGCGUUACUAGAGCAAUGCGGGAAGAUCUGCAACGUGCUUGGGGUGUGCAUGCGGCUGUAUUCUAUGAUCGUCCACCUAGCUGCAAGUUUAGAGAGUUCAACUUGAAUGACAAACAUGAACUCCUAUUGCGUUUGGGCUUGGGAACACAUGGAGAAAUAUUUGGCGCUAACCCGUCUGAGGAUACGACUCGAUUUACAAUCCGGGACCCGUCAACACGUCAAGUGCAGUUACGCGAAGAUCGCCCUUUCCUUGUGAUCUCGUCCACAUCAUGGACGCCCGAUGAAGAUUUCCAAAUUUUACUCGAUGCUGCAAAGAAAUACAAUGAUGUGGCGUCAAUCAACAGAAGCACGUCACCUGCCACUCGGCUGCCCAUAAUCGUACUGGUAAUUACUGGAAGAGGACCACUGAAGGAGUAUUACAUGGAGAAAAUUCAAAGAAUGAAGAUGGAAUAUGUUGAGGUGCACACACCAUGGUUGGAAUCUCAAGAUUACCCAUUAAUGAUCGCGACAGCUGAUCUGGGAGUGUCCCUUCAUACUAGUACAUCUGGUCUUGAUCUACCAAUGAAAGUUGUCGAUAUGUUCGGAGCUGGCAUCCCUGUACUAGCGAAAAGAUUCAACUGUAUUGGUGAACUCGUCCAAGAUGGUCAAAAUGGACAACUGUUUGAUACGCCGAAUGAUCUUUUCCAAUGUUUGUAUUCGCUAGCCACGGGUUUCCCCACGCACUGCAAGAAGUUACAUCAACUGAAACAGUUUGUGCUAGAUGACCGCUUACCAUCAUGGGAAGAGAAUUGGGCUACCGUAGCAAAACCUAUUUUGGCGCCAAAUCUUGAUCCUCAUUUCGAGCGAAUUAUGGCUACAGAGCCUGCUGAGCCGGAGGAGUAGAACAUAGUAUAAAAUAAUUUUUACACCCUCUUUCACUGAUACGAUCUUGUUGGUACGGUAUCUUUUUUGCGCUUCUGUUUCUUCGUUUUUCUGUCUUCCCCAUCUUCUAUCUUGUUAUUUUCCUACUGGUGACAUUCCUACUGUGAACAUACGCAGUUUUAAAUGACGUGUUGUUUUGUUCUUUUAC